UAUUCAAACUGAUCGGUUUGUUUUCAUUUUCAUUUAAUAUUUUUGUCUAAUUAUCAAUUAGAUUUCUAUUGUUUAUCAAGUGUUUAUUAAUUUACUUUUUAACGCCUUCAAUUAAUUCUUCUUACCACAAUUUAAUCGAUCAAUUCUGAUAAUAUAUUAAUAAGUUGAAUUCUUUAUUGCCCUAAAGUGCUUAUUAAUCCUUCCAUUUUGGUUUAUUUGAUUGGCCAUUGUGUGUCUUUGGUCCAUUUGGUUCACAUUUUCAUUCGUUUUGUCUCUCCUCAUUUACAAAGAGUUGAUAUUUUCCUUUCCUUUUUUUCUGACAUCAUUUGUAUUCAUCAUAAUGUCUGAAUUAUUUAAUAGUUUUAAGAGAACUGGAUUAGCCAUUGCUGAAUACAUUACCCCUGUUCUUAAGGAAUCUAAAUUCCGUGAAACUGGUGUACUUACACCUGAAGAGUUUGUUAUCGCUGGUGACCAUUUGGUUCAUCAUUGUCCAACAUGGAGCUGGUCAACCGGUGAUCCUGAAAAGAUUAAAACUUACCUUCAAGGAAAACAAUUCCUGGUUACCAAAAAUGUUCCCUGUUAUAAAAGGUGUAGUGAUAUGGAGAUGACAGAAAAUUAUGAGAAAGUUAUUGAAGUGGGUGAUGAUAAUGAUGGUUGGGUUGACACACAUCACUAUCUUCCCUCCAGCGAGGAAACCGAAGUCUCCUCGAUGACAGAUGAAUUAGGAGCUUGUAAAAUAACCAAACCUGCCAGUUCUGAUGAUAUGAAACUUGGAUCCGGAGGAGAUGAUAAUAAGAACAAAGAUGAUGAUGGUGAUGAUGAUGAAGAUGAAGAUGAUGACGAUGGUGAUGCAUGUGAUAUGGAUGAAUACAUGGCCUCUGGUCUUAUGGAUAAGGAUGAUCAGUCAACAGUCGAGGUUAAGCCAAGGAAAAAGGGAGCCGAUGACAAUUCCAUUGUUCCAACUCGAACCUAUGAUUUAAACAUCACAUAUGAUAAAUAUUAUCAAACACCAAGGUUAUGGUUAUCGGGAUAUGAUGAGAAUCAACAUCCAUUAACAAUUGAUGAAAUGUACACUGAUAUAAGUCAAGAUCAUGCCAAGAAAACGGUGACAAUGGAAACUCACCCUCACAUUCCAGGUCCACCAAUGGCAUCGGUUCAUCCGUGCAGACACGCUGAGGUUAUGAAAAAAAUUAUCGAAGUCGUUGAGGAAGGAGGAAAAGAACUUGGAGUUCACAGUUAUCUUAUCGUAUUUUUAAAAUUCGUCCAGGCCGUAAUUCCAACAAUCGAAUAUGAUUACACUCAAAAUUUUACCAUUUAAAUAGAGGCCAAGAUGAACUUACGAUUUACAAGUUGUCAACAUUCAAAUUGAUUUUAAUGAAUCGGAUCUUCAAUACUGAAAGUGAUACAGUUACUCUCUCUCUCUCUCUCUCUCUCUCUCUCUCUUUCUUUCCUCCUAAUUUUGACCUUUUUUAUAAAAAGAUGCAGAUCUAAAUUCAGAUAUCAUUGCAAAAAGCUCAUUUUAAUUGCAACAAUCAAGUGAUAAACUUCAAAGCAAAAUGUAUUUCUCAUACAAAUUGGUUUAAAAAACGAUUGUUUUAAAUAACAA